AUGUGCGAAGAUGAUGAGAAUAUUACAUCAACGAUGGAGUCAGUGGAGGUUCCAUCAAUACUACCAUUGACUCAAAAGUAUAGAAUAUCAAACAAAAAGAAUGGAUUCAUCAAUGGAAGUCUUGUCAAUGUCUUCAACUCAAUCCAAGAAGCCUCGCUCAACAACACUGCAUUCACUCCCAACAUUGACAUACCCAUUGGUCACAUAUCACUUAGUGCUGCCACAUCACUUACUCAAUACAGUGGACUGUAUCUGUUUGUGAACAAUGUUGAUAUUGACCCUGCUUCGGGCUUCAUAUGCAAUCAUCUCAAUCAGAAGUUGCUUGAAUGUACUCUACAAUGCCCUCGUGCUGUGAUAUCUGAUCUCCUCUAUCUUCACUCAAUUGGCUAUGUUAAACUAUUCAUGAUCACAUGUGACACUAGCAACAACAACAACACUGGACUCAAUCUUUCAAUUCAAAUAUAUAUUACCAAUGAUGCAUUUGAACAAGUUGUAUCAUCGUCACAGUCAGAGGACAAACAGACGGACCAACAACAACAACAUGAGGAAUCAAUGAUAUUCCAGUACAAGUACAACAAGUGUAUCAAAACAUUGUUCAACUACUUCCUCAACAUCAAUGAUGUUGAUGGUGGUAAUGGUGAUGAUGCCGCCAUCAUCGAAGAGGACGAUGACAACAACACAUCACAGUCACUCAAUCAGAUUGGUACAUCAUCGUCAUCAGAUGACACUUCAUUCACAUUCCCCUAUCCAUCUCUGUUCUCAAGCAAUGACAACAACAACAACAACAACAACAACAGCAACAGUGGCACAACAUCAACUCCAUUUGUGUUCGACCCAAAGAUCAUUUAUAACAAGGUUGGACUGCGCCCUGGUGCACAGACAAUGCCCACAGACAUGUUUCAAGGCAAGGUGAUAUCAGAGCUCAAGCAGUAUCAGCUGCGGACAGUCAAGUGGAUGUAUGACAGGGAGAUCAAGCCCACCAUGACAAUCAACCGCGUAGGCUCGAAACUUCAUCCACUCUGGAAGUCAAUCUCAAUCAACAACAAGGAGUUCUGCUACAAUGAGUACGUUGGCCGACUGUCGCACGAGCCCAUCGUGUCAAACACAUCGUUGGAGGUGCCAGGUGGCAUCCUGGCGGACGAGCCAGGCAUUGGCAAGACUGUACAACUACUCACACUCUUGGUCGCCAAUGCCAAGAAAGACCCGGCACCGCGUGUCCUGAACGCGGGCACCAAGCCCAAGCUCGAAGUGAUGGACGUUGAGUUCAUCCCAACUCCUCCUCCCAUCAAGGAGUACGUCAACGAUGCCGGAGAGGUCGUGGCUUGCAAAUGUGGCAAAGAUGAGGAUUCGCACGACAAGGGCAUCUGGGUGCAAUGCACGACUUGCGCACGAUGGCAGAGUGUGGCAUGCGUGGGACGACAAUACCGCGUGACCAACGACCACUACUUCUGCACAUUCUGCACGGACGCCAAUCGAAAGAGGUACAAUGCGAUGGUUGCGGAAAAGGAGCAACUGAGGGAGGAGGAGGAACGCGAGAGGAUACAGAGCGAGCUGCGACCAAUGUGGUACCGCGACACACUUAUCGAGUCCAAGACCACGCUCAUCGUGACACCAACACCCAUCUACUCGCAAUGGCUGGACGAGAUCAAGAAACAUACGAACGGCCUCACCGUGCUAGAGUAUCACGGCAUCUACAAGGACAACGUUACGCCACACGAACUGGCUUCGUACGACAUUGUACUGACCACCUACGACGUGCUCUCUGGCGAACUGCAUUGCAUCAACCCUACACGCACACAGAACCGCCUUCGCUAUGUCCGCGUUGAGACGCCAAAGACUCCGCUUGCGUGUCUUGUGUGGUGGAGAAUAUGCUUGGACGAGGUGCAGAUGGUCGAGUCAACCAACUCCAAGUAUCUCCAGAUGGCUGUAUCUCUACAAUGUAGACAUCGCUGGGGCCUAUCAGGCACGCCCAUCCAGCGCGGACUCAGCGACCUCUUUGCCCUGGUCCAAUUCCUGCGCCUCACGCCAUUCUCUGAUCGCUUCUGGUGGAGUCACUGCAUCGAAUCAAAGUUCAAUCGUGGCGAUCGGGGCACCAUCGACUACCUCAUCGAACUUCUUCAGCAGCUCAUGGUGCGCACAACCAAGAGCAUGGUGGCGAACGAACUCAAAAUACCGCCACAAUACGAUCGCGACACCAAGUUGCUCACAUUCAGUGUCGUCGAGCGAUUGUACUAUCGACGCAAGGCUCAUGAGUGUUCGGAAGCAGCGCGCACACUCUUCAACAAGGUGUUCAGUCGCAACCCCAACGCGACCCACACCUCACCUCAGGUGAUCCAGAAGAUCCUGCAGCCACUGCUUGUCCUGAGACAGACGUGCCAGCAUCCGCAGGUUGGCAGUCGCGGCGUCCAGAGCAUCUCGAGGAACACCAUGACUAUGGACCAGUUGCUCGAGCGACUGAUUGAGAACGCAUCGCUCGAGUGCAAGAACGCCCAGAAGGAGCUGGUGCACACGAUCAACUGUCUGGCGGCAGGACACCUCAUCAAGGGCGAUCAUAACCUCGCUGCCACACUCUAUCGCGAGUCCUUAUCAAUGAUUGAGUCCAACACUCAGUACUUCAAACCCGAAUGGUACCAGCAGCUGCAUGUCUUACACAACCUGGACUACUUGGUCAAGCAGGGCAAGCUCACGGCCAGGGCGUUGCGCGAUGAUGACUUUGCCGCCGAGGCAGAGGCCAUCAAACUGGCGUAUCAAGAGCGAAAGAAGUCGCACAUGGUCAAGGACGACCUGGUAUUCAAGAAUGAGAAUGAGGCCACAGUGGAGCUGCUCAAGGAGUUUGACAGCAGCACGCGUGGACGUGAGUGGUGGACAGCGGCCAUUCAACUGAUCGUGGACAAGGGCCAGCGCGCAGACCUGAGCCAUCAGGACUGA